AGAGGCUGCUGUGGCUUUAAGAGUUUACUACAAUCAGCGCACUCACUCCACACACAACAGAAAAAAGUUUGGAGGCCAAGCGAGCUGUGGGAUACCAACGGAUCGGAAGUGACGGGACAACAUAAACCGAAAGAAGGGGCAAAGUUAAGACGGGAUAUCAACUCUAGGACACAAAACAGAAUGAGAAUCAACGUGCUCUCCACAGGCAGAGCGCGGAGAGUGAAAGGCGCCCGGACAAGCGCUCUCUGAAGUCAGGGGACUCAGAUUUGGUAUGAACUAUGAAAGAAAAGACUUUAUGGUUUACCUCGGAGGGCAGUUAGGGGAUAUGAGCGCUUAUGUGUGGACUUGGGGUCGUGUUUUUCCGCUGUGGGGUCCCGCGUUGAAUCUUUGGGGAUGUUUGGAGUCGUUCGGAAACUGACGCGACUCUUCGCCAUAGUGCUGUUGCUCUCUUCGGCGGUGGUGGUAGUGGUCCCUGGCUCAGAGUUGAGGGUUCGGGUCCGGCUGGCAGACGGGCUGAUCACCGAGGAGGUCCUAGAAGCGGACAGCGAGAGGGACUCCAUAUCACUCGAGUUCAAGCAGGGAGACGGGACGCUUGUUACGUUUGUGGCAGACUUCAAGCAGGAUGUAAAGAUUUUCCGUGCUCUGAUCCUUGGCGAACUUGAGAGAGGACAGAACCAGUAUCAGGCUCUGUGCUUUGUUACCCGACUCAACCGUAACGAGAUCAUCCCCAGUGAGUCCAUGGCCCGUCUGAGACAGAAAAAUCCUCAAGCAAUCCGUCUGGCAGAGGAGCGGAGGGGACUCGAGCAACUUACAAUGAGUGCAGCAGUGAAUCUGAGUCGAGCCUGGCAACUGAGCUCACACAUACACAACAUGUGCAGCGAGGCCCGGGAAGCCAUUUAUACCAGGGAAACAGAUGUUAAAUACUGGUUGGAAAAAGGAGUGGAUGGUUCCAUGUUUGAAGUAUUACCCCAGACAACAGAGUUGCCCAGCUUGCAACCCUGCCACUCUGCUAAAGACUUGUGGCAGCCGUGUCUGUGCACUUACAACCUGCGUCUGGAGUGGUAUCCCUGUUUACUGAAGUAUUGCCGGAGCCGGGACUCAGCAGGGAAGGGCUCCUCCUACAAGUGUGGCAUCAAGAGCUGCAGCAAGGGCUACCAUUUUACUUACUUUGUUCCUCAAAAACAGCUUUGUCUCUGGGAUGAGGAAACCUAGCAUUUCUACUGUGCUUGCAAACUUGCAAACAAAUAAAAUUUUGUUCCCAUCCAGGACUCUGUCUAUAAAUGAGACUUAAUACCUGUUUCUGCUUGGAAGAGUUGAGAUUCACAAGCAUCUAAAACUGCAAUGGUCCAAGAUCAAGCCCGAUUAAAAAAAAAUAUAUCGACUGUUCAGUAGCCUUGGAAAAGAGCCUCAUCACUUUGGUGACUUUGGUGGGAAUUUUUUGGGAGACUGUAUGGAUCAGGUGGUGGAUCAUAAUGAUGAUGUCCAUACAGAUUUCUUUAUGCAGAAACCUGAACUCUGACCUAGUUUAAAGUCAGAUGAGGAUCAGAAGAGACAACUCUGAUUAAGGACGUAUUGACCCAAUGUGUUUUAGCACAAAGUAAACCAGGAUGGCAAAUCAGUUCCUGCUGAAAUGUAUGUUCCUGAAGUGACUUUCAACAGAUGCAUAAACAUUUCCUGUUUUUAUUUAUUUUGAUUGCAAAAUGAAAUUAUGGAAGACUGUGUUUUUAUAGUUUAUCUUGUGUUCAGGUGAUGUUCGGACAAAUGUGCUUACAGCAAUAACAGUCAAAAUUAUAAAGGGCAUUUACUACUAAGGGUUUAAAUUAAACAAUUAAAGCAUUGUGAUAAGCUACGCUGUAGGCCUAACUAUAGUUUUAGCAGGAGAACACGGCUCUCAAAUACACUUUUAGGGGCCCAUACUAUCAACUAAACCAAAGGUAUGUUUUAAGAAUUUUUUUUUUUUUUCUGAUUUAGCUGGGCCAUGAUGGCCUCAUUGAUUACCUCUGCUGCCAUCAUGUGGCUGGAGCAUGUACAGUCAAACACCAAACCGGUUUUAUUUAUCUACUUUUUCACUUGUAUAGGACCAAACUUGUCUGUAGAUUUUCCCCAUUACCUAUGUUCAGAGCCAGUUUGCCUUACCUCUGUUUUGAUUGUGUUGAAAUGAGUUCUUCUAACUAAAACCAAAUGAUAAUUUGAUUUGAAACACAACAAGUGCCUUAACAUUUCCAUUCAUGUCCUUGCUAUAUAUUAUAGGAUACGUUUAACAUAGGUUAUUUUUUAUAAGUAUUUGAAAGCCAUGAGAAGGAAAGGAAGCAGUAGGUACCUGACUUUUACAUUGUACAACUUAAAUAAAGACUUUCUUUGCACUGUACAA